CAAGUCUCGCGACAGUUGGAGCGUCGGGCCUGGGGUAGUUUAGGGGUUGUCACUGGGACGGAGAUUAGAGGGGAGUACAAGUUUUUGGGGUUUAUUUAUAAAUCAGGAUUUUGUCAUUUAAAAAACCAUAGGGUGUCGAUUCAUGAUACGCCUUAUGUACUCUAAUCCGGAACUGGUUAUGAGAACUGAGUGAUAGGAGGAUACACUGUGCGGUACUCUGUGUGAUGGCAGGACGACCACAUACUUAUGACAGCAACUCCAGUGAUCCAGAGAAUUGGGAUUGGAAAACACAGAGCAGACCACGCAAACUCUGCAAGCAUUCAAGUGGCCCAUCCCGUGCAUCAAAGCUAGAAUCUGAUCUCACGAAGAUGAGUCUGCAUGGCGCUAGCGGAGGAUAUGACAGAUCAAGAGAUCGGCGGAGGUCAAGUGACCGAUCCCGGGACUCUUCACACGAAAGGGGAGAGAGCCAGUUGACCCCAUGCAUAAGGAACGUCACCUCCCCUACUAGGCAACACCACGGUGAUCGAGAAAGGGAGCACAACUCUUCAUCUCGGCCCACCAGUCCCCGUCCUCAGAAAGCAUCGCCUAAUGGCUCCACUGGUAGUGGUGUCACCAGCAGUAGAAACAGCAGUCUGUCCAGCACAGAGGGGAACUGUAAGACUGUUGGGGUUGGGGAGAUGGUGUUUGUGUAUGAAAAUGCAAAGGAAGGCGCAAGGAACAUGAGAACCUCAGAACGAGUAACACUCAUUGUGGAUAACACUAGAUUUGUAGUAGAUCCUGCCAUCUUCACCGCACAGCCUAACACUAUGCUGGGAAGAAUGUUUGGAUCUGGCAGGGAACACAAUUUCACACGUCCUAAUGAAAAGGGAGAGUAUGAGGUGGCAGAGGGAAUCGGCUCCACUGUGUUUAGAGCUAUUCUGGAUUAUUAUAAAUCUGGGAUAAUCCGCUGCCCUGAUGGAAUCUCUAUUCCAGAGCUGAGAGAGGCGUGUGACUAUCUCUGCAUCUCCUUCGACUAUAGUACUAUCAAAUGCAGGGACCUGAGCGCACUAAUGCACGAGCUCUCCAACGAUGGAGCACGUAGGCAGUUUGAGUUUUAUCUGGAGGAGAUGAUCCUGCCGCUGAUGGUAGCCAGUGCCCAGAGUGGGGAGAGAGAGUGCCAUAUUGUAGUGCUGACAGAUGAUGAUGUUGUCGACUGGGAUGAAGAAUAUCCUCCACAGAUGGGAGAAGAGUAUUCACAGAUAAUUUACAGCACAAAGUUGUAUCGGUUCUUCAAAUAUAUAGAAAAUAGAGAUGUUGCCAAAUCUGUUCUGAAGGAACGAGGUCUGAAGAAAAUCCGAUUAGGCAUUGAAGGUUACCCCACAUACAAAGAAAAAGUGAAAAAGAGGCCAGGUGGCCGCCCAGAGGUGAUUUAUAAUUAUGUCCAGAGACCCUUCAUCAGAAUGUCUUGGGAAAAGGAGGAAGGGAAGAGUCGGCAUGUGGAUUUCCAGUGUGUGAAGAGCAAAUCCAUCACUAAUUUAGCCGCGGCUGCAGCGGACAUUCCCCAAGACCAGCUGGUGGUGAUGCACCCCACCCCACAGGUUGAUGAGCUGGAUAUCCUCCCGAUUCACCCCCCACCAGGCAACAACGAUCCCGAUCCUGAUGCACCGUCUCCUGCUGUUUGAGGAAGAGCCUUAUGUUUAAAUCACAGCAUGCUGCUGUCGGAGGAAAUCGAGUGGCACCGCUGCCUUAAUAGCUCGCAGUUCAUCCACAGCCUUAGAUGUUCAAAUAAAUGAUGUGACACCAAAAAAGCGAUGCGUUUUAAUUUACCACCUUUUUAUUUCCAAAGGCGUAAAAUAGUUCAUUCUACAAAACUAUACAGCAAGUGGGGGGGAAAAAGAGGAAAAAUAAUGUAGGCUUUCAUACUUGAUUCUUUUGACAAGCCCACUGUUUUCAAUGCAGCCUGGCAGCAUUAAGUGUUUACUGGUUGGGGCUGUUACGUCGUUUGGUGCUUUUUGUGUUUUCAGUUGGCUUCCACUUGCAAAGUUUUGAACAUUUGCAUGUAUCUGAGGUGGUGAAGCUGCAGUAAUACAAAAUGCAAGGAAUUUGAGCACUUAUUAAAAGAACAGCAUUAUAGUGAUGCGUGUGGUUUAACUGAUUGGUUUCAGGGUUUUUUAUAUAUGCUUUUAAAGAUAUAUUCAGCUUUUAAUAAAGAAUUCAAAAGCA